UGUAUUCACUGUCGCAGUCUGCCUACAACGUAUCUCCUAUAAAAUGCCUCCCAAAAGGACAAUGCCAGCCCACCCGACAUAUUAUGUUUCUAAAAGUUCAUAAAUGCGGUUCAUCUACGGUGACUAAGAUUUUACAACAGGCUACCCGUAAAUAUAAAUUAAGACCUCUGCAUCCUAAACACAACUCAUUUUUUUACCCAUGGACAUCUAGAACGGAUAUGAUCCGGAGGAAAAUAACUGUGAGCGACGCAAAUUAUAACCCGAAUAUAACGUAUGAUAUAAUUUUUAACCAUAUGUUUUUUUACUCAAAGGUGAUAGAAACCAUGAUGCCAAAUGAUACGUUUUAUAUCGGAAUAGUUCGGGAGCCAUUUUCCCAGUUUAAAAGCGCCUUUAGCUAUUAUCACAUUGCAGAGAUAUUCAAUAUGAAAAACUUCACGAACCCUAUCGUGAAAUUUAUGGAAAAUCCAUACAAGUAUUGGACCGACGACUAUGUUACAAGUCACGUUGGGUUCUUGAGAAACGGCAUGAUGUAUGAGUACGGAUUCCCAGAUGAUAGAACUGAUCUCAGGAACAACGACAGAUUUAUUGCUGAAUACAUCGGGUUCUUGGAACAGAAAUUCGAUUUUGUAAUAGUCUUAGAAAUGUUUGAUGAAAGUUUGGUGUUACUACGCCGCUUGCUAUGCUGGGACAUGGACGACAUCUUAUAUGCUGUAAGAAACAAACGGGAAUAUGAAUACAAAAACGUGAACGAUGAAAUUACUAUGAAGAAACAUGGGAUGUGGAGCAAAGCUGACUAUCAGUUAUAUAACCACUUCUUUACCAAAUUACGGAACACUGUUUUGUUGCAAGGGUCGGACUUUUAUCGUGAGGUGUCGCUCUUCCGUCGAGCAAUCGCGGCACUGAGCAAAUGUAAGCUUGAGCAUUUUAAGGAUUGCAAAAAAGAACUCAGCAGUAAAGUAUCGGGCAUAUAUUCCCAUUCUUAAAGCAAGUGAUGGGCA